GCUCUUUCUACUCUUUCUUUCAACUCGCUUUCAAGUGUCCAAGUUCAAUAUCAAGCAAUUAACCAUGGAGUCUUUCGAGUGGUCCACACCUGCACGCCGCAGUGGCAACUGGGAAUUAUCACUAAUUCCAAGCGAGAUUUACUUGGAGAUCUUCAGUUACUUUGAGCCUUCAGACGAGAUAACCGAGACGCAAUGCAGGGCUAUAUUCUCUAGCCUUGUCUUUGUUUGCCGGUAUUUCUGUUCUGUUGCCUUGCCUCGCCUUUACAGGUCGGUCGAAUUUCGAGGGCGCAAACGUCAGAACGCCAAAGAGGACCCCGUUUCUUCCCUUAAAUUCUGUCUCGAGAUUAACAAGGGCUCGUCUUGGGCUUGCGAUCUGGCAUCGAGUGUCAAAGACUGUACCUUUGAGGACUGGAUUCCGGAGACACCCUCUAUAUGCGGAGUUUCUCCGAGUUUAUUGCAAGGCAAUGGUUAAGAUGGAGGAAAUAAAUUCUCUUACUCUUGAUUCCGUCAUAAUAUCUCAUCGCCUUCUCAAAUCGAUCGCGAAACUGAGCAAGCUGAAGCGUCUGGUUGUCAGACAAUGUGAACUGGGAGGGGAUGUUACUCAAGCGGAUAUUUCCGCAUUGCGCUCUCUUCCGAUCGAGGAAUUUACCUUGGUGACCGGUGUGCCAUCUAUCUUGGCUCACACUUCCGUCAAUUAAUACGUGUAUAGUCCUUCAGAGGUCUGCAAAUUCCGUCAGGCUCUUCCAGGGUAUUCCGAACACCUCAGACGUUAUACUGCACGCUUGCAAGUGGAACGACAGCUCUAUG